AUGGCAUCUGACACCAGAGCCUCGUCCGACGCGGUGGCGGCCGAGCAGCAGCCUCUCCUGGGCCCAACAUCCAACGGCAACAACGACAGCAAUGCGUCCACAUCUGCUCCUGUUUCUGCUGGCUCGGCGCCUGCCUUUCGCCGAAACUUGGGCGCCCUUGAGGCGUUUGCCAUUGUUAUUAGCAUUGUCAUUGGCAGCGGCAUCUUUACGUCACCCGGCGCCGUCGACACCAACGUCCCGUCACCGGGCGCUGCGCUGGGCGUCUGGCUCGUAGGCGGCGUGCUGGCCUGGACCGGCGCCGCUACGCUUGCAGAGCUCGGCACGGCCAUCCCAGGCGAGGGCGGCGUGCAGCCGUAUCUGCAGUACAUCUAUGGCGACAUUGUCGGGUUCCUGGCCGCUUGGACGUGGCUCGUUGCCGUGAUGCCGGCGACGCUGGCCAUUCUGUCGAUUGUCUUUGUGGAGAGCCUGUCGACGGCGACCACGGGUGCGAGCGGCAACGGUGUCGACGGCCAGUCUCUUGCACACAAGCUCCUGUCGAUUGCUGUUCUGGCGGCUGUCAGCCUCGCCAACUCCAUCAGCACGCGCGUCAGUGCACGCCUCAACAACUUUUUCGUCGGCACCAAGUUUGUCGCCAUCGGCGCCGUCGUCGUCGCUGCUCUUGCCGUGGCCAUUGUGCAGACGACGUCCAUCAAGCCCGGCGAGUCGCUGCCGGGUGGGCACGACUGGACAAGCAACUGGUUCGCCUACCGGCCGACGCUCAACCCAGACGGCUCCCUCACGGACUGGACGCAGCUCUCGAGCUGGGCACUGCUCGGCCACGUCUCUGCCGCCUUGUACGGCGCCCUCUGGGCCUACUCGGGCUGGGACAAGGCGGUGUACGUGUCGGCCGAGCUGCGCGAGCCGGCCCGCCAGCUGCCUCUCGCCAUCCACGCCGCGCUGCCCACCAUCGUGCUGUGCUUCCUCGCAGCCAAUGCCGCCUACUAUGUUCUCCUGCCCUGGAACGUCGUGUCCACCACGGACAGCAUCGCCGUGACGGCAUUUGCCCGCCUGCUUGGCCCCGCCGCUGGGUUUGCCGCUGCCGUCCUUGUGUGCCUUGUGGUGGCCGGCUCGCUGCUGGGCAACUCGUUUGUCGCCGGCCGCAUGGCCGUCGCCGCGUCCAACAAGAAUUGGAUCCCGCGCCCCUUUUCCGUCCUGGGACGGCUCGGGCGUGCGCCCGCCAAGGACAGCACCGCCGGGGACGCCCCCAUCAACGCCCUCGUCCUGGCCGCCGCCAUCGGCUCCAUUUACAUACUGCUGGGCAACUUCCGUGCUCUGCUCACCUUCAACGGCCUCGGCGAGUUUACCUUUUUUUUCUUGACCGUCCUCGGCGCCAUUGUCCUGCGCCUCCGUGAGCCCGACCUGCCCCGCCCCUACAAGCCUCUGAUUCUGGCGCCCAUUGCCUUUUUGCUCGUCAGCGGCUUCGUCGUCGCGCGCGGCGCGGCCUUUGCCCCGGUACAGGCGCUCGUGUUGCUUGUGCUGUGGCUGCUGGGCGUCGGCUACUACUACUUGCGGCGGUGGCUGCAGCAGCAGCAUGCGGUCGUCUCCCACGACGAGUAG